AUAUUUCAUAUCUCUGGAUAUGAAGCAUCUGUUCCAUCAAGCAGUGAUGCACGAUGUAGUUGAUGAGUGAAUGUUAGUACAGAAGACUUUCCUGCAGCGGCGCUGGAUGAGAAUCAGGAUUAAACUCAUAUAAUACUGUGAGAUAUUCUACAGCAGCCGUCAUGUGAGGUGUGACUUCAGUGAUUCACACAAACACUCAUUAGAUCAGCUCACACACACACACACACACACAUACACACACACACAUACACACACACACACACAAGACCUGGAUGUUAGAGAGGAGGUGAAGCAAAGCAAGAUGAGGAGAGGCCGGAGAAAAGGAGGCAAUCGGGACAAAGUGUUCGGAUGCAACCUGCUGGAGCACCUCAACUCCACCGGACAGGACAUUCCUCUAGUGUUACGCAACUGUAGUGAGUUCAUUGAGAAACAUGGGGUCGUCGACGGGAUCUACAGACUGUCUGGAGUGUCGUCCAACACACAGAAACUACGGGGUGAGUUCGACAGUGAAGGAUCUCCUGACCUUUAUAAGGACCUGUAUCUGCAGGACAUUCACUGCGUCAGCUCUCUGUGCAAGGCGUAUUUCAGAGAGCUGCCCAACCCUCUGCUCACAUACGAGCUGUACGACCGCUUCGCCGACGCAGUGGCGAUUCAGCUGGAAGACGAGCGUCUGGUGAAGAUUAAAGAGGUUCUGAAGGAUUUACCAGCUCUUCACCACAGGACUCUGGAGUAUUUGAUGCGUCAUCUGGUCAAGAUGUCCACAUUCGCCUCUCAAACCAAUAUGCACGCCAGAAACCUGGCCAUCGUCUGGGCCCCAAAUCUCCUCAGAUCGAAGGACAUCGAAUCGACCGGUUUUAACGGCACCGCGGCGUUCAUGGAGGUUCGGGUUCAGUCCAUCGUGGUGGAGUUUAUUCUCACUCACGUGGCCGAGGUUUUCUCAGGAACUGGAUUGUCUGUGGAGCGCCGGAAGUCCCUCCCAUCUCCCUCAAUACUGUCCACUCAGGACGAUCAUUUCUUCAAGUCUUUACCGUUACACUGUCCAGGAAACCUCAGUCCAGGAGACGGACCUCCGCCAAUGCGACCGUACCACGCUAUUAUUGACGGCACUGACAAGAGGAAGGGCUCCCUCAAAGGAAGGAAGUGGAAAUCCAUCUUUAAUUUGGGCGGGAGACUCCAAGAUCCACGCAAGAAGAACAAAUACUGUACUAAAGAUAAAGAAAAGACAGCUCUGAGGCCGGCGAAGAGCAUGGAAACUCUGAGCUCAGGUCCUUAUGCACUAGACGAUUCCAAACAUCCUCCUCCUCUGGUUUUGUCCACGGUGUCAGGGAGCUCAGAGGGCGUGGCUUCUGCCGGCGGGGGCGUGUCCAGUGGAUACGCGGUGACCUACAGGCGAACGGGCGGAGCUCAGGUCAGCAUGGUGAGUGGAGGGACUCCAGGAACUUAUAACCGUCUGGAGUCUGGGGGAGGAGCCGAGGGCGUGUCUCAGGGCAUGGCCAGAUCGCCCGGAAUGACCAGCAAAGCAGACCGGCGCGCUGGGAUACACAUAUCAGGGCCAUUUUCAGUGACCGUCCCGCUUCAUAUAACGUCUGGACUGGCUCUGGGUGUCCUGCACGGUGGCUGGAACGAUAAGGAACAACCCCUACAAGGAGACGAAGCAGAAGAUGAGGACGUUAAGAGCAUAGAGACGGAGUCCACAGAUGGGAAUCCACAGAGCAAAAAUUAUAAUGGUCAAGAGAGGGAAAGAGAAACCAAUAGUUAUGUGGAAAGUCAGGUGGAUUGUGGGAAGGAUAUGGCAGAGCUUACAAGAAAUGAGAACAAUGUGCCAGAAAAAAGAGACUCACCAUGUGGCAAAGAAGCAGAGAAAGAAAAUCUGAGUCAGAAUCAAGAGUCUAUGAAGGAAAAUGUAAAAGACACACAACCACAAAACAAAGAGGAAACCACAGAAGAGGAUUACGUGGAAAUGAGAGGACACCUCCAUCAGGAACCCAUCAGUCAGCACUAUUACGAGGACAUGGAGUUUCCAGACCCGGAUCUGCCACUUGAUUUCCAGGAAGCUUUCGGGUUCUUGGAUUUGAUGGACAGCUGUGCUGCAAACCCGUAUGUGUACAGAGGAGAAGAUGCUCCAGAGAGUGAAGCCAGUGAAGAAGACACUUAUUUUGGACCGGACUCGAUUCCUUCUUCACCAGAACCCGACCAAACUGAGACCGACAGCACCAGCGUUCCUGAGCCCAUCCCAGCACUGUCUCCGGCUGAAGAUGCUCAGCAGGUGCUGGAUGCUGACGGUUACCAUGGUAACAGUGAGGUAACCAUCACAGAUGAGCUCACGGAUGCAGACCGCGUCUCGCUGACUCCUCAAGACCAACCGCCAGAGGAACAAACACUGAUUAUCCACCAAACAAAGACCGAGGAGGGUCAAACGGAGGAGGAUGAGAAGACUGAAGAAACUAUGAAAGUUGUGAGGAAUAUGGAGGAAAAUGAAGGAGAAGAGUGUGAGGACAGCAACAAAAUGCAAAAUGCAAUUGAUGGACCUAAAAAAGAAGCCAAAAGACACGAUUUAGAGAAAAACAGUGGAGAAUGUGAAGAAAUAGAUGAAGAACAUGCAAAAGAAGAAGAACAAGAAGCUAAAAGACAAGAAGAUUUAGAGGGAAAUAGUGGAGAAUCUGAGAGGGUAGAUGAGGAACUUACAAAAGAAGGAGAACAAGACAGAAACGAAGCUGAAAGACAAGAAGAUUUCGAGGAAAAUAGUGAAGAAAAUGCAAAAGAUGGAUCAAAAGAAGAAGCCAAACAAGAUUUAGAGAAAAACAGUGGAGAAUGUGAAGAAAUAGAUGAGGAGCAUACAAAAGAAGGAGAACAAGACCAAAACAGAGCUGAAAGAAAAGAAGAUUUAGAUGAAAAUAGUAGAGAUUGUGAGGAAAAUGCAAAAGAUGGACCUAAAGAAGAAGCCAAAAGAUACGAUUUAGAGAAAAACAGUGGAGAAUGUGAAGAAAUAGAUGAAGAACAUGCAAAAGAAGAAGAACAAGAAGCUAAAAAUUCAAAGGAGAAUAAUGGAGAAUCUGAGAGUGUAGAUGAAGAACAUACAAAAGAAGGAGAACAAGACCAAAACAAAGCUGAAAGACAAGAAGAUUUAAAGGAAAGCCGUGAAGGAAACUCUGAGGAGGACGUGAACGUAAAAACAGAAAGUUCUGCUGAGGGAGAUCUUUCUCCUGAAGGUGGAGAUGAUCCGGAGAAGUCCACACUCGUGCAGCGUCCAGACGAGAUGCAACACGAACAAACAGAAAGCAAAGAGGCGCCUCGCAAACGUUCUCCACGCAAAGCUGCGAAUGCCACGAAAGCGGUUCCUGCCGUCCCUCCCAGACCUCAGACCUCCAAACUCACAGCGUUCACGCUCAGAAAACAGCUUCAGCACCGACAACACGACGAUAAAGCAGCGCAAGCCGACCAAGAACACGCAGCGGAAACUAAAACGGCGCACAGAGACGAGGACGAAAGCGCAGAGAUCGACACCGAGGGUCCCGGAGAGAGACGAGAAGCAUGGGACGGUGGAGCGGAUCGCAGGAGAGACGCAGACAGAGAGGCCCAGAGGAACAGCGGCAUCAGCAUGUGCUUCGAUGAAGCUGUGGCUCGAGCCACGGAGAAGAGGAGCCGAGAGAGAGAAAGCACAGAGAGACUGUCCGGAGUGCAGUUGGACAGAGAGAGCCGGAAAGACGGGAAAACUGACUGAUGUGUAAAAUAUUACGUGCAAAAUAAAGGGUUCACAUUUUCUUUCAAUAUACUCAUUUUCACAUGAUAUACUGUGUGUGUGUGUGUAUAUAUAUAUAUACACU